UACCACGUGUCGUUAAUGACUGACAGCCUGUCAUUUGGGUUGAGACAACUUGAUUUCGGGAUCGUCGGGGGCUUCAAGGCGUGAAGAUCUUGGGUUUAUGGGGCUCGUUGACGUCGUCGAGGAGUCGAGCUUCCUGGACUGGGGGAAUACCUCAGCAGCACACAAUGGCGCUUGUUUAUCUUGAAGAUAAUGAUCCCUGGAUCACUGAACAUGAGGCAUGUGAAGGACUUUUUCGGGAGAUCAUGGAGCAACUUCGCCAACGGGAUCGUCAGGAGAGGACUUCACAGGUGUUCGCCAGUUUAUCAGCAAAUGUACGAUUUCAAUUGAAGCAGUACACAGAUCAGAUAGGACAGCUCAGGAAGAAGGUGGAUGAAGCUUCGAAGAUGAGAGUUAUAACUCACGACGAAGCGGAGAGGAGGCGACGACAGGUUGAACAUCUCCAGAGUAAUGUCUUCAAGAUAAAGCAGUUGUACGACGCCAGGAUGAAUCCAGCAGCUUCAGACCGGCCUAGUCUGAUAAAAUCCAGUGGCUCUGCCUUCGCGGAUGGAGGCACCACUGGCUGGGGACAAGAUGACGAUGAGGAUGAUCCUCCCUUGGAUUUGAAUGUCUCUGUAAGCGACUUGAAGGCGCAAAAUGAAGCUAUUAUUCAGGAGCAAGAUCGUGGGCUCGACGAGCUGUAUCAGGUCAUCGUGAGGCAGAAAAAUAUAGCACGAACAAUUCACAAUGAAGUGGAUCAUCAAAAUGAGAUAAUUGACGACCUGGCCGAUCACAUGGAGCGAACAGACGAGAGGUUGAUCGAUGGAACGAGGAGAAUCCGUGCAAUCGAUCGCAGGGACAGAACCUGCGGAUACUGGGUCAUAAUAAUUAUCUUAUUCAUAAGUAUAAUUGUCGUUGCUGUGGUCUGAUUAACAAAUGUGAUAACUCAGCAACUCGUAUAUUUU